AUGGCUCGCACGCUCGGCCUGCUCCGAGUCAUCUACAUCGUCGCUGUCAGCUGUAUGGGCUCGUUUGCCUUUGCUUUUGACACCGGUGUGAUCAGCGGCGUCCUCACGCUGGCAUCGUUUGAGAAGGACUUUAGAUACACGAGCGCCCAGAAGACCAACGUCAACUCCAAUGCGGUAUCCAUCCUUCAAGGGGGCGCGUUCUUCGGCUGCUUCUUGAUCUGGCCCGUUACCGCGCGGCUGGGACGACGCGGGGGUCUCAUCGUCAGCGCUCUGGUCUUCACCGUCGGCACCAUCCUCCAGGUCGUCAACAGUCACACGCUCGGGACGUUCUACGCCGGUCGAGUGGUCGCCGGCGUGGGCAUCGGCGCCGCCACCAUGUUGAUUCCUGUCUAUGCCGCCGAGAUGUCGCCCAAGGAGAUUCGAGGCAAGCUGGGCGCCUGCUUCCAGCUCUUCUUCGCCUUGGGAGUCAUGGUCGCCUACUGGGUGACCUACGCCGUGUCGGUCGACCAGCCCAAGAUCACGAAACAAUGGCAGAUCGCCCUGGGCCUGCAACUGUUGCCCUCGAGUAUACUGCUGUUUGGCAUGUGCACUGUCAAGGAGAGUCCGCGUUGGCUGGCUAAGAAGGGCAAGACAGAAAAGGCGCGACAAUCCCUAAAAUGGAUCCGUGGUGGCGAGGAGACGGAGCAGCUGCAGAAGGAAUUUGACGAAAUCCUGGCGGGCAUCGAAGAGGAAGCCCGGGUGAAGGAGAACCUCACGCUGAAGGAGCUUCUGUUGCCCGCCAAUCGAUACCGCAUUUUCAUCGCCAUUACGAUCCAGCUGUGCGCGCAGUUGACGGGCAACACGUCGCUGGCGUACUACGCGGCGCAGAUCUUCUCUGCCGUCGGAGCGGGCAACUCCAACAUGCUGGUGACGGGCUUCUUUGGGGUGGUGAAAGUGGUGGGCGUGCUCACCUUUCAACUGUUCGUCCUCGACCGGAUCGGCGGCCGUCGGGUGCCCUUCAUGGCGGGAGCCUUUGCCAUGGGCUCGUUCAUGCUCAUCAUCGCGUGCAUCGUGGCGACGCACCCGCCCAGCGCGACGGCAUCUUCGCAUGGGGCAUCACGGCCCGGUAUUGCCGCUAUUAUCAUGACCUACGCCAAGGCCUUUAGUUACAACAUGUCUUGGGGGCCGCUACCGUGGCUGUAUAUGGGAGAGAUCUUCUCGAACCGGACGCGGGACGUGGGUGUGGCCAUCGGCGCGGCAUCGCAGUGGCUGUUCAACUUUGUCAUGUCGCAGAUGACACCUCAUGCGAUUGCGAACAUUGGAUGGAGGACGUUCCUGAUGUUUGCCAUCUUCAACUACGCCAUUAUCGCGUACUCGUGGUUUUUCUUGCGAGAGACAUCCGGCCGCUCCCUCGAAGAAAUGGAGAAUAUUUUUGGCGGUGCCGGAACUUUGGCUGUCAAGAGUGUCGAGGCGGGUGUCGUUGAGCGACAGGAAGAGGUGAAGAACGAAGUCAAAUAG